AUGUCUGAUCAGGAGUUCCACAGCUGUGUGGAUUUCAGUCGUUUUGCAAACCAUCACAUGAUUGCUGUGACAGCUGAUGGAGUUCGGCUUGUUCCUUCUGAUCGUGUUCCUUCAUUACCACCGACUCCCUACAACAUUGACUCGUCGUUCCUUGGUAACGGUAUCGAUAGUAGUGUCGCCUCUGACAGGAAGAAUUCCAGUGUUUCCUAUCGUGACCUCGAUAACUUUGACGAAAACUCAAGCUCGGAUAAGUUUGGACGCUCCGGAGGAUUUCAAGAUAAAGGUCAAUCUGGUAAUCGUGAGUUCCGAGGACGUGGCCGUGGCGGUUUCCGUGGAAGAGGAGAGCGUGGAUUUGGCCGCGGGCGUGGGCGUGGUGGUGGAAAUCGCGAUGAUGAUAACGGACGUGAGAACAGCUAUCGUGGACGCGGUCGUGGUAGAGGAGGCGAUUAUCGUGGUGAUGGAAACAGUUCCUACCGUUCAAGAGAUUCUUUCGGAGACAACAACUCGUCGGGUUUGGAAUCGAAACCCAAAAGGGAGCACUCAUAUUCACGUUCGGGUAGCGGCAGUCCUUGUUCUCCGGUGUCGAAGAAAGCGAAUUUCGGUUUGUUCCUCAAUACAAGUGCUAGCGUUCGUAAUAACACAAGGACUCGCUCGUAUUCGCGAUCGAGAAGCGGCAGCCCUCUUUCACCAGCUGCAAAGAAGACCGGUAAUAUUCGUUCUGAUCACGUCUCCAGACCUUGUUCGUAUUCUCGAUCUAGGAGCAGCAGUCCAGUAGCAGGGAAGCGGAAUGAUGUUAGUCGAGAGGCAGCAAAAAGUAGUGAUCGAGAAAGAAAAUGUUCAAAUAAGAGUACCAGGAAUUCUUGUUCAUACUCCCGAUCAAGGAGCAAUAGCCCGAUCAAUUCUGCUGGCAAGGAACCAAGUACUGGAAGCCGUCAGAGCUCUCGCUCUAAACCUCAUUCGUACUCACGGUCAAGAAGCAAUAGUCCGGCAACGACCAAACGAAAAAGCACUGUCAAUGUGUCGAUGAACAAUAGAAGCGAUCGUUCUUACUCGCGCUCGGGAAGUCGAAGUCCACCCAGAGCAGUCCCUACGAACAAUACCACAGGGAACCUGUCGACUAGGUCACGCUCUCCAAGUGGAGGUCGCAGUCGUAGUCCCUCAAGUAACGAAGUAAACAACAAUAAUCCAGAAGAACCACAUGAAAACAAUACUUCAAGAAGUAUCUAUAAUACCGAGCCAGACAAUUACAUGAAUUCUGGAUACGGCUCUGGCCGUCAGUCGGUGAGAGUAACACUGUCAAUUAUUCUUUACCCAGUACAACUAGAAAUGUUGAAAGUACCAGUUAUAGAUCGUAACCGAAACACUUUCAAUCGCUCAGCGACACAGCCAGAUCACAACGCGAGCGGUGUGUUUUUUUUAGAUUGA